AUGGACGUGAAGAGUGCCGAAUUUAUUCAACAUCCUAAAUCUGCUUCAGUGUUCUCACUAUGCUGUCCUGAAUGUAAAUUUUCUGCUACAUCAACAUUCGACCUCCGAAAGCAUGUAAUGAGUGUUCAUUUGGAUCCUUCAGGAGUUCAUUUUUUUGAGCUACAAAUCUUCACCUGUUCUGUUUGUGGUGUUUCAUCAACUAAUCAUGUUCAAAUAAAGGAUCACAUUACAGUUCACUUGAGAGAGCGUAAGGGGGAUGAGCAAUCUGCGGUCAUGGCUCAGCGUAUUGUACUAGGUUCAUGUGACGACGAUGACUUCCACUGUUCCAGUGAGUCAGAUUACGAAGGUGAGGAAGUUCAGUCUAAUACAUCUCCAGAAAAAAAAGAACGCAGUUCUAAAAGUGCACCCUCUAUUGGUAGUAAUGACAAAUUAUGCUCUAGUUUGACUUGUGAUUCUAACCAAACAUCGACUGUUUCUCUAAAACCUAGUCGACAUGUUCCGGGCAAACAACCUCGUGUAGUUUGGCAAGAUUGGUCGAAGCUGAUUACACGAUCUGAUAAGAAGUUUAUAUGUUUAGUGUGUAGGCGAUUUAUAUAUAGUGGUCGUACUGAAGUAGUUUUUCAUGCAGUCACAAGGCAUUUAAUUUCAGGGGAAAUCGAACAUGAUUUAACACAGUAUGGACGACUGACAGAACAUGUGAAAAGACAAAUAGGCCGAUACUUUUCUGAUGGUAUGCGUAUACGUUCUGGUGUUCACUACAAAGAUGCUAAACGUGUAGAAGCUGCUCUAUUCCGUUCUAUUGAACUACAUCUUCGCUACCAGCCAAUAUCUACCGGUGAAAACGGUCCGGAAAAGCGGACGAAAUUUAUUUGUUCUGGUUGCGGUACUAGUUUUACUGAAUCACAGGUAGCUUAUGCACAUGUCAAUGAUGAACUGCGUGCUUUUCUCCCGGAGUUUAUGCGUGCUCGUUCUUGCCCUUGGUCAUUAAGUACACGAGAAGAAUGGGUGUGGACUGUUCCAGAUUUACCAAUCAAAUCUUUGCCUCUUAAAUCAUCUACUGCAGUUAAUAGCAGCACUGAGUCUGAUAACCAUAGUAUUAAUACUUGUGAAUCUCAUACUCCUACAAUUCUUAAUGAUCGCGUUCAUAAAACAGAGCAACCAGAUCAUAGUUCAUCACAAACUCUUAGAGCCGGUGUUAUAACUACUACUCCUGCUGCUACUGUUAUUGUUAAUAAUUGUAUCAGUAAUAAUAACAACAGCAGUCGAAUAAACAGUAGUGAAUGUAUCACUAUACCUACAAUUUCACCUUGUUCAUUAACUACUGUAUCUGGGUUCCUCCCAGUCCCAAUUAUGUCUAUUCAUCCUGGUUCUACUCUUAGUUUUACCAGUCCAACAUUAGAAUUUACUCCGCGAACCAUACAACCUAGUCAAUCCAUCAUACCUAUUAGUUGUAUACUUACUACUAAACCAUUAUCUUGA